ACGGUUAACGUGUCGACUGCUCUAGCACAUAUCUUACAUUCCUGAUUAGAAAGACUUCCAUGACGGCGAUAAGGAAAGAUGAAACAUGAGAGCGAGCUAAAGGAGCUUUAGUAUUUGCUUUUGUAGUUUGUACUGAAGUCAUGGCGACGAUACAGUUUAGACCCAUUAAUGGGAUCUUUCAGUGCCCAUCAGUGAGCCCAUUGGUUCAGAUAACCAGUGUUCAUAGGAACGUGACUGCCCAAGCACAAGCCACUGCCUCUAGAACCCAGAGGAUAAUGGAGAGCAUUUCAAUUAGUGGGGAAGUUGGUGGUGCUGGGGGAGCAUACUCAUAUAAUGCCCUGACGAGGCUUGAUGAAAUUUGGUCCCGUAUCUGUUCUGCUCAAACAGUUAUGCCAGAAACCCAGAAAGUAGUUACAAAUAUUCCGGAUGUGUCCAGCCACUCUGAUCUGGCCGAGAAAGCAGUUGAUAGAUUCGAUCUGGUAGUUUGUGGUGGUACUCUGGGAAUUUUCAUUGCCACCGCCUUAAGCACAAAAGGUCUUAAAGUUGGUGUUGUCGAAAGAAAUAUACUGAAAGGGAGGGAACAAGAAUGGAAUAUCUCAAGGAAAGAACUCUUGGAGCUUGUAGAAGUUGGAGUUCUGUUAGAAGAUGACAUCAAAGAAUCUACAGCUGUGAAGUUCAAUCCUAACAGGUGUGGAUUUGAAGGUAAGGGAGAGAUCUGGGUAGAAGACAUUCUAAAUCUUGGUGUUUCACCUGUAAAGCUUAUAGAGAUAGUAAAGAAACGUUUUUUAUCCCUUGGUGGAGUCAUCUUUGAGGGAUACAGCUUGUCUAGCAUUUGCACAUACGAAGAUGCAGUGGUCUUGCAACUUACGGAGGGGAAAAUCUUACGGUCUCGUCUUAUCAUUGAUGCAAUGGGGAACUUUUCACCUGUGGUGAAACAGAUACGAUGUGGAAGGAAACCAGAUGGUGUUUGCCUUGUUGUUGGAUCCUGUGCUCGCGGUUUCAAUGACAACUCUAGUAGUGAUGUCAUAUAUAGCAGUUCAUCAAUAAAGAAGGUUGGGGACACAGAAGUGCAAUAUUUUUGGGAGGCAUUCCCUGCUGGAUCUGGCCCCACAGAUCGCACUACUUAUAUGUUCACUUAUGUUGAACCACAGCCUGGAUCCCCAGCACUGGAAGAACUAUUGGAAGACUACUGGGAUUUGAUGCAAGAAUAUCAGGGAGUCGUUCUUGACGAUCUUGAGAUACUGAGAGUUAUGUUUGGCAUAUUUCCUACAUAUCGUGACAGUCCAUUGCCAGCAGCUUUUAGUCGCAUCAUACAGUUUGGUGAUGCUAGUGGCAUUCAAUCACCUGUUUCAUUUGGUGGCUUCGGGAGCUUGACUAGGCACCUCAGUAGAUUAUCAACUGGAAUAUAUGAAGCAAUCACUCAUGAUUUUCUUGAUUCAUACAGUUUGUCCCUACUGAAUCCAUAUAUGCCCAACUUGAGUGCUUCAUGGUUAUUUCAAAGAGCAAUGUCUGCAAAGCCAUAUGCUAAUGUUCCACCAGAUUUUAUUAAUGAGCUUCUAUUUGUUAAUUUCCAAUGUAUGCAGAGGAUGGGGGAUCCAGUGCUUAGACCAUUUCUACAGGAUGUCAUACAGUUUGGACCUCUUGCCAAGACCCUGGGCCUUGUUAUGCUUACUAAACCCCAAAUUUUACCAUCAAUAUUCAAGCAGGUGGGAUUUCCCGUUCUUCUCGACUGGUUUGGACACUUCUUCAUGUUGGGCUAUUACACAUUCCUCUCGACCUUCGCUGACCCUGUAAUUAGGCAAUUCUUAGAUGCAUUUCCAUCCAAAAUGAGGUAUGAGUGGAAGCGGCGUAUCGAAGCUUGGAAGUAUGGAGCUGGUUUAGAUUACAAGCUAUGAUUAAUCACUAAAAAAUGAAUGACAUGUGAAACUAGACUGUUCAUGAAUGACAGAGGAGACUGGAUUGUCUGCUCAUAAACUAGCUUACUAUAUAGGCUGUGCCCUUUACAAGACUGCUGCUUAUACGACACUGGGCAUACAUUUAUUUCUCUUCAAUGAACAGGGGAACAAACCCAUUUCAACUUUCA